AUGCGAAGAGUUCUGCUAUUACAGCAGCAGCAACAGGCGCGAAAUCGCAUGAAACAUCAGAAAUUGAAGGUGGCAUUCUUUGGCUAUAUCGUGGUGUUGGUAUUCUUUGCCUUACUCCAGUUCAUUGGAGUGUAUUUCUUCUCGAAGGGGUUUCUCCUUUCUCGUCAGGUACUACCCAAUAUUGCCGAGUGUGACUUGGGAGAUGGCUUCAGUGCAUGCAUGCAACCCAAAUUUGACAAGGCGGUUGUGUUGAUCAUCGAUGCCUUACGUUUUGAUUUUGUAGUGCCCGUGGAUGAGGCUGAUGCCAACACUUACUAUCAUAACAAUUUCCCGAUCUUGCAUGGACUUAUGGAGAGUGAACCAAAUAAUGCAGUCCUUUUGAAGUUCAUGGCUGAUCCUCCAACGACUACGUUGCAGCGUUUGAAAGGUUUGACCACUGGUUCCCUUCCCACAUUCAUAGACGCAGGCUCUAACUUCAAUGGAGACGCCUUGACAGAGGACAAUUGGAUUCUUCAGCUACAGAAGCAUAACAAGAGCAUAGCGUUUAUGGGUGACGAUACGUGGACGGCCAUGUUCAACGAUUACAUCAACCCUGAGUUAAACUACCCUUAUGAUUCUUUGAACGUGUGGGAUUUGCACACCGUAGACAAUGGCGUUCUCGAGCACUUGUUUCCAUUGCUUGAACCCCAGCGGAAGUCUGAAUGGGACGUAUUGAUUGGCCACUUCCUUGGUGUUGACCAUGCUGGUCAUAGAUAUGGACCGGACCAUUUUGCCAUGAGAGAAAAACUUCAGCAAAUGAAUGGCGUCAUCGAGGACGUGAUCAAAAAGCUAGACGACAAAACAUUGCUUGUCGUCAUGGGUGACCAUGGUAUGGACCAUACGGGUAAUCACGGUGGGGACAGUCUUCCGGAGCUCGAAAGCACGAUUUUUUUUUAUUCCAAGAACAAGAAGUUCAAGCCCAAUCGCUUGCCGCAAGACAAGUAUGAUACAAGCGGCUUGGGUGCAAAUUACAGAUCAGUCAACCAAAUUGACCUUGUACCCACCAUUUCAUUGUUGCUAGGGUUGCCUAUUCCUUACAACAACCUUGGAUUUCCUAUUGACGAGCUUUUCAGCUCCGAAAAGGAACUCAGCCAAGCAAGUUUUCUCGCGAUAACUCAGCUCGAAACCUACAGAAAUUCAUCUGCUGAGGUUCAAGGGAACAGCAAAAUUUAUGAAAAGUACCAUUUCUUGAUGGAUCAUUACCACAAGUUCGGAGCGAACAAAAAGUACUUCAACGAAUUGGUUCUGGAAUCUAGAGGGUAUCAGCAAGAAUUCUUGGAGUACUGUGAGAGUUUGUGGGCUCGCUUUGACAUGGUGUUGAUAGGUAUCGGUAUCGCAGUAUUGCUCCUUUCCUUAUCCUUCAUGAUCACCUAUUCCAGAUCAAUUCCCUCAGUUAGAGUGUCCACGAUGUCUUUCGAGUUUAUUGGCUCGGUCAUUGCAAUGACAUUGUUGGGCUUAGUAUUAAGUUUCUCGAUAUUCAUUGUGCUCAGACCAGCGGGCGUCAACUUGAAGUUCUGCCUACUUGUUGGUACCGCAGCAGGUAUAUCAAUUGGAUUCUGGGCACCCAUUAUGGAUCGCUUUAGUGUGGUAUGGCUCUUCCACCAGAUUUUUGACUUCUUUGCAUACAACUUUAAUAGUUGGUCUGCAUUGGGCAUUCUGUUGUCUCUUUUGCAUUGUAUGAUUUUCGCUUCAAACUCUUACGUUGUGUGGGAAGACAAGUUGGUUCUGUACUUCGUUUUGACUUUUGGCUUCUGUUGUCUAUACGCCUGCUUGACCUCCGAUAAACCUCGCAUUCAGAAGAUUUUGGCGGCCUCACAUGCUGUAACCUUCAUUGUUUUGUCACGACUAGUCUCCAUGAUUAACUUGUGCAGAGAGGAGCAGCAGCCAUACUGUAUUCCAACAUUCAAGACAACAUGGUGGAGUGUCAUAGGGUUACACUUUGCAUCAUUUCUUUUGCCUAUGACGAUCAAGUCAUUUUAUAAACUAGCUGACUCUUACUACUCUGCCGCUCCACUUUGGAUUGAGACUGGUAUGACAUUUUUGAUGUUCAUGAACGCUACGUAUUGGACAUUUGAGUAUUUGGAGAAUGAUGACUUUUUUCAGAGCAAAACCAAGGAUUGGAUCAGUGCCGACUUAAUCAAAUCUCUCAAGUUGGCCAUUGCUCGAAUUGUAUUAUUUGUGGUACUUGUACUUGCCAACUUCAGCUGGUCGCGUGGUCCGCUUUGUGUUAAGAUACAGUUAGCCAAACCAGACGAGAAUUCCACAGAAGCUCAACAUGUUGAGAGUGGAGAAAACCAGGAUGAGGGCGAAGAUGAAAACGAUGAACAGGAUGACCGUGAUGACGAAGGGGAAUUGGCAGAAUCAGGUGAGAGGCCAGAGCCAAUCCCACAGAAACCAACUACUGUGAUUCUUGGAUAUAAUAACGUAUAUGGGUCGUCGUACUUUUUACUUGUGGUUAACAUCACAGUGGCGGUUCUCCUUGUUACCAAGCCUCUUGGUGCCCUCUCUAUUUGCAUGUUGGUGGUUCAGCUCUUGUCGCUACUUGAGUUGUUCCAUUUCCUUGAUAUCAGAAGAAACUUGGUCGCUCCCAUUGUCUUUGGGCUUUUAGGUUACCAACACUAUUUCAGCACAGGCCACCAGGCCACCAUUCCCUCCAUUCAAUGGGAGGUUGGUUUUAUGACUACACAGACUAUCAUGUUUCCCUUCACGCAUCUCAACAUUUCACUUAACACAUUCGGACUGUUCUUAAUCGUUUGUUUGUCGGUGCCAUUGAUCACAUUAUGGAGACUUCCUCCAUCAGCCAAGCCCAUUACGGUACUUCUGCAGAUUGUGACGAACAUUACCACAUUGCUUACUUAUCAGACAUUCACGAGUUUGAUGAGUUUUGUUUUUGCGGCUCACUUUCGUAGACAUUUGAUGGUGUGGAAGAUUUUUGCACCCAGAUUCAUGUUCAGUGCGCUUCUACUUAUUGUGUUCAAUGUGGCCCUCACGGUGAUUACAUUGUGGUUGGCAACAGGAAGAGUAUUGACGCAGAUUAAUAGAAUUUUCAGCAAAUGA